CGGCACUGAACCUUGCCACUCUAGGACGCCAUACUCUCUCCUUAACCCCUGGAGCUCCGCGGGAGACGAAGAGUUGGCGGGAGAGUCUCGCGGGGGAAGAGAUUCACACUUGUCUUAGGUACACAAAUUGGAAGUGAUUUCUACAUCUUUGCAUAGACAAGAUUAUUUCUUAGCUAAAGGCAGGCGGCAACAGAAUUUCAAGAAGCAGACUUAUGAAUGAAAUGUCUUUAGGAGACCCAGAAGAUUCCUUGUAUCCAUUUGGAGUUGCCUUACAGGAUAGAGACAGGAUGGAGACAGAACUUUUAGCAAGUGAAGCGACUGGAAAAAAUCCUUCGACUGGAAAAAAUCCUUCAGUUGUUCAGCCCUGCAGCUUCAGGAGCAUCCAAUACCAGGAGGCUGAGGGUCCCCGAGGACUUUGCAGCCGACUCCAUGACAUUUGUAGGCGAUGGCUGAGACCAGAAAAGCACACCAAAACCCAGAUGCUUGAUCUGGUUGUUCUGGAGCAGCUGCUGAUCCUUCUGCCCCCAGAGAUGGAGAGCUGGGUGCGGGAGUGUGGAGCAGAGACCAGCUCCCAGGCGGUGGCUCUGUUGGAAGCCUUUGUUUUGAGUCAGGUGGAGGAACAAAAGGAGGAAAUCAAGUCGCAGGCUGUUGUGAAGAUCAGAGGUCCCGAGAGAAGACAGAAUCCAUCAAAUCCUCUUCAGGAGAUGAUUUGGCGGAGGAUCUCCCAGGAAGAUCCAAGUCAGGAUACUUCAGGAGUGAAAAAUAGAAUGAAGAUAACGCCUGCUUAUUAUGCUGGAACUGAAACAAUCAUUGAACUUACAACUCAAGAGGGCCAUGUGUCCUUUGAAGAGGUGGCUGUGUAUUUCUCUGAGGAGGAGUGGUCUCGACUGGAUCCUGACCAAAAAAUGCUGCAUUGGGAAGUCAUGGUGGAAAAUCAUAGGAACGUGGCCUCUCUGGAUAAUAAUGGACAAGAAAAUGAAAAUUCCCAAGAACCAUUCCGAGGGAUGACUCGUGGAGACAGACUGGAGAAGCCUGCAAAUCAAAUGGAAGUAGAGAGACAUGAGAGAAACCAGUCAAAUAAUUGGAAUUGGGAAAGUUCUUCCAUUGAUGCUCCAAUGCAGGACUUUCUUGCCCAACAAGGAAAAAUAAAGAAAAAAUGCAUUACGAAAAACGUAAAACUGUUCAAAGACAAAUUAGAUGUGAAUGAACACGAUCCAACCCAAACCAAAGGAGAAAGUAAAAUAUGCAGAGGCAAUGGAAAAAAAUCGACUCUUUCUUGUGAAAAGGAGUCCUUUACAUCUCAGAAAAGGAUCCAUGUAGGAGAGAAGCCAUAUACAUGUUUGGAAUGUGGAAAGAGCUUCAGAAGAAGCAGUCAUCUUACUUCCCAUAAAUGGAUCCACACAGGGGAGAGGCCAUAUAACUGUAUGGAGUGUGGAAAGGGCUUCAGUGAAAGGAGUUAUUUUAUUUCCCAUACCAGGAUCCACACAGGGGAGAAGCCAUAUAAAUGCCCUGAAUGUGGAAAGGGCUUUAUUAAGAGCAGUUAUCUUACCUCCCAUAAAAGAGUCCACACAGAGGAGAAGCCGUAUAAGUGCACGGAGUGUGAAAAGAGUUUCAGAGAGAACAGUUCCCUUAGAUGUCAUAAAAGGAUCCACACAGGAGAGAAGCCAUAUCAAUGCAUGGAGUGUGGAAAGACCUUUGCUCAUAGCAAUGGUCUUACUUCCCAUAAAAGGAUCCACACAGGAGAGAAGCCAUAUCAGUGCAUGGAGUGUGGAAAGGCCUUUGCUCAUAGCAAUGGUCUUACUUCCCAUAAAAGGAUCCACACAGGAGAGAAGCCCUAUAAAUGCAUGGAGUGUGGAAAGAGCUUCACUUUUAGUCAUUCUCUUACUAUGCAUUACCGGAUCCAUACAGGGGAAAAGCCAUAUAAGUGCACAAAGUGUGGAAAGAGCUUCCGUGGAAAUUCGUCUCUUACUGUUCAUAAAAGGAUCCACACAGGAGAGAAGCCCUAUAAAUGCAUUGAAUGUGGAAAGAGCUUCCCUAAGAGCAGUGAACUUAUUUUCCAUAAAAAGAUCCACACGGGGGAGAAGCCACAUAAAUGCAUGGAGUGUGGGAAGAGCUUUAUUAAGAACUCCCAACUUAUUUACCAUAGUAGGAUACAUACCGGGGAGAAGCCUUUUAAAUGCAUGGAAUGUGGAAAGAGUUUUUCUAUGAACAGUUAUCUUAAUACCCAUAAAAAGAUCCACAUAGGGGAAAAGCCUCAUAAGUGUAUGGUGUGUGGAAAAGAUUUUAUGACAAGCAGUAAUUUUAACUCUCAUAAAAGGAUCCACAAACUAUAGAAGCCAUACAAGUCUGUGAAAUAUGGGAAAAUUUCAAGAGAACCAAUGACCAAAUCUUCCAUAUACGGAACAUGCGCGGGACACUUCAGCCAGAGUUGUUGCCCGGGGCGUCCGUGGGAAGAGGCUGUUCUUUCUGUUCUCUCCCUCCCUCCGCUGAGAGGCUUUGCGGGGGGCGCAGAGCCUGUGUGGGAUUCUUGUGGAGACGCUGGUGCCGACGAGACUCCUGAAUUCCGUGAGUGGCAGCUCUGUCCGUGCAAAGGGGUCCCGCGCUGGAAGGGAGCGUGGAGACGGGCCAAGUCUUCCCCCGAGGACACACAAAGGAUGCAGAAACAACUGUUAGCAAGUGAGGGAAUUGGAAAAGGCCCCUCUGCUGUUGAGCCUGGUGGCUGUGGGAAGAUCUGGGCAAAAACUGUGCAGAAGAUGCUGGAGGAGAAAACCCUCAUCUGUUCAGCGAUUGAGCCCUCGAACUUCAGAAACAUCCAAUACAAGGAGACUGAAGGUCCCCGAGGACUUUGCAGCCGGCUCCACAACUUUUAUAGUCAAUGGCUGAGGUUAGAAAAGCACACUAAAACCCAAAUGUUGGACCUUGUUGUUUUGGAGCAGCUCCUGGCCCUUCUGCCCCAGCAGAUGUCAAACUGGUUGCGGGAGUGUGGAGCAGAGACCAGCUCCCAAGCGGUGGCCCUGGCGGAAGGCUUCCUCAUGAGUCAGGCAGAAGAGCAGAAGGAGCAAGUCGAAUUGCAGUCUUUCACUCUGCAAACCAGAGAUCCUAUGAGGAAUCUAUCAAAUCCCCUUCAGGAGCUGUUUUCCAGGAAGAUCUAUCAGGAAUCUGCAACUCAGGACAUCUCAGAUGGGAAGGAUAGAACGAAUUUGACUCCUUUUUAUGGUGGUGCUGAAAGAGCGGUUGAAGUUCCAAUUCAACAGGGUCUUAUGUCCUUCAAGGAGGUGGCUGUAUAUUUCUCCGAUGAGGAGUGGUCUCAGCUGGAUGCUUACCAAAAAGCGCUGCAUCGGGAAGUCAUGCUGGAAAAUCAUAGGAACGUAGCGUCUUCGGGUAAUAAUGGAGAGGAAAAUGAAGAUUCUGAAAAACUAUUCCAAAUGAUCACUCGUGGAUACAAUAUGAAGAACCCUACAUUUCAAAUGGAAGAAGAAAGCCAUGAAAGAAACCAAUCAAAUCAUUGCAAUCAGGAAAGUUCAUCUUCUGUUCAUGCACCAACGAAAGUCUCUGUGUCCCAGCAAGGAAAAAUAAAAAAUAAAUAUAUUGGAAAAUGUAAAAAACUAUUCAUAAAGAAAUUAGAUAUAAAUAGACACGAUCAAACCCAAACCAAAGGAGAAGAUUAUGUAUCUAGAGACAGUGGAAAAAAAUACAGACAGACCUUGUCUCUUCCUCAUAAAAAUGGCUCCAGUACAUCUCAAAAAAGGACCCGCAAAGGAGAGAAGCCGCAUAAAUGUACAGAAUGUGGAAAGAACUUUAUUAAGAACAGUCAACUUAUUUACCAUAAAAGGAUCCACAAAGCAGAAAAAACAUAUGAAUGCAUGGAGUGUGGGAAAAGCUUUACUAAGAACAAUCAACUUACACAUCAUAAGAAGAUUCACACAGGAGAGAAGCCCUAUAAAUGCAUGGAAUGUGGAAAGAGCUUCACUUUUAGUACUGCUCUUACUUCGCAUUUCCGGAUCCAUACAGGAGAGAAGCCAUAUAAAUGCACUGAGUGUGGAAAGAGCUUUACUAUGAAUGGUCAUCUUACGUAUCAUAAGAGGAUCCACACAGGAGAGAAGCCCUAUAAAUGCAUGGAGUGUGGAAAGAGCUUCACUUUUAGCACUUCUCUUACUUCCCAUUACUGGAUCCAUACAGGGGAGAAGCCAUAUAAGUGCACAAAGUGUGGAAAGAGCUUCUGUGAAAAUUCGUCUCUUACUGUUCAUAAAAGAAUCCACACAGGAGAGAGGCCCUAUAAAUGCAUUGAAUGUGGAAAGAGCUUCCCUAAGAGCAGUGACCUUAUUUUCCAUAAAAAGAUCCACACAGGGGAAAAGCCACAUAAAUGCAUGGAGUGUGGGAAGAGUUUUAUUAAGAACUGCCAACUUAUUUACCAUAGUACGAUACAUACAGGAGAGAAGCCUUUUAAAUGCAUGGAGUGUGGAAAGAGCUUUAUUAAGAACUCCCAACUUAUUUACCAUAGUAGGACACAUACCGGGGAGAAGCCAUAUAAAUGCAUGGAGUGUGGAAAAUGCUUUUCUUUCUCUACUAGCCUUAGCUCCCAUAAAAAGAUUCACACUGGGGAGAAGCCUUAUAAAUGUAUAGAAUGUGGAAAGAGUUUUUCUACGAAGAGUUAUCUUAAUAUCCAUAAAAGGAUCCACACAGGGGAGAAGCCGUAUAAAUGUAUGGUGUGUGGAAAAGGUUUUAUUACGAGUAGUUCUCUUAACUCACAUAAAAGGACCCACUCAGUUAGCAGCUGUAUAAAUCUCUCUGAUCGGCACGGAGAAACUCGCAUGCCAGAGCAUCUUAUAGGAGGGGCAUGCGCGGGACACUUCAGCCAGAGUUGUUGCCCGGGGCGUCCGUGGGAAGAGGCUGUUCUUUCUGUUCUCCCCCUCCCUCCGCGGAGAGGCUUUGCGGGGGGCGCGGAGCCUGCGUGGGAUUCUUGCGGAGACGCGCGUCCCGACGAGACUCCUGAAUUCCGACAGACAAAGGAUGCAGAAACAACCAUUAGCAAGGGAAAGGCCCCUCUGUUGUUGAGCCUGGCAGCUGUGGGAAGAUCUGGGCAAGAACUGGCAAGGACUGUGCAGAAGAUGCUGGAGGAGAAAACCAUCAUCUGUUCAGAGAUUCAACCCUGGAAGUUCAGAAACAUCCAAUACGAAGAGAUUGAAGGUCCCCGAGGACUUUGUAGCCGGCUCCACAACUUUUAUAGUCAAUGGCUGAGGUUAGAAAAGCACACUAAAACCCAAAUGUUGGACCUUGUUGUUUUGGAGCAGCUCCUGGUCCUUCUGCCCCAGCAGAUGUCAAACUGGUUGCGGGAGUGUGGAGCAGAGACCAGCUCCCAAGCGGUGGCCCUGGCGGAAGGCUUCCUCAUGAGUCAGGCAGAGGAGCAGAAGGAGCAAGUCGAAUUGCAGUCUUUCACUCUGCAAACCAGAGAUCCUAUGAGGAAUCUAUCAAAUCCCCUUCAGGAGCUGUUUUCCAGGAAGAUCUAUCAGGAAUCCGCAACUCAGGACAUCUCAGAUGGGAAGGAUAGAACAAAUUUGACUCCUUUUUAUGGUGGUGCUGAAAGAGCGGUUGAAGCUCCAACUCAACAGGGUCUUGUGUCCUUUGAGGAGGUGGCUGUGUAUUUCUCCGAUGAGGAGUGGUCUCAGCUGGAUGAUGACCAAAAAGCGCUGCAUCGGGAAAUCAUGUUGGAAAAUCAUAGGAACGUGGCCUCUUUGGAUAAUAAUGGGGAGGAAAAUGAAGAUUCUGGGAAACUAUUCCAAAUGAUCACUCGUGGAUACAAUAUGAAGAAUCCUACAUUUCAAAUGGAAGCAGAAAGCCAUGAGAGAAACCAAUCAAAUCAUUGCAAUCAGGAAAGUUCAUCUUCUGUUCAUGCACCAACGAAAGCCUCUGUGUCCCAACAAGGAACAAUAAAAAAGAAAUAUAUUGGAAAAUGUAAAAAACUAUUCAUAAAGAAAUUAGAUAUAAAUAGACACGAUCAAACCCAAACUAAAAGAAAAGAUUAUGUCCCUAGAGACAGUGGAAAAAAAUACAGACGGACCUUGUCUCUUCCUCAUAAAAAUGGCUCCAGUACAUCUCAAAAAAGGACCUGCAAAGGAGAGAAGCCACAUAAAUGUACGGAGUGUGGAAAGAACUUUAUUAAGAACAGUCAACUUAUUUACCAUAAAAGGAUCCACAAAGCAGAAAAAACAUAUGAAUGCAUGGAGUGUGGGAAAAGCUUUACUAAGAGCACUCAACUUACACAUCAUAAGAGGAUCCAUACAGGAGAGAAGCCCUAUAAAUGCAUGGAAUGUGGAAAGAGCUUCACUUUUAGUACUGCUCUUACUUUGCAUUACCGGAUCCAUACAGGGGAGAAGCCAUAUAAGUGCAUGGAGUGUGGAAAGACCUUUGCUCAGAGCAAUGGUCUUAUUUCCCAUAAAAGGAUCCACACAGGAGAGAAGCCCUAUAAAUGCAUGGAGUGUGGAAAGAGCUUCACUUUUAGUACUUCUCUUACUUCCCAUUACUGGAUCCAUACAGGGGAGAAGCCAUAUAAGUGCACAAAGUGUGGAAAGAGCUUCUGUGAAAAUUCGUCUCUUACUGUUCAUAAAAGGAUCCACACAGGAGAGAGGCCCUAUAAAUGCAUUGAAUGUGGAAAGAGCUUCCCUAAGAGCAGUGACCUUAUUUUCCAUAAAAAGAUCCACACAGGGGAAAAGCCACAUAAAUGCAUGGAGUGUGGAAAGAGCUUUAUUAAGAACUGUCAACUUGUUUACCAUAGUAGAAUGCAUACAGGGGAGAAUCCAUAUAAAUGCACGGAGUGUGGUGAGGCUUUUAUUUCAAAAAGUUAUCUUAACACCCAUAAAAGGAUCCACACACGGGAGAAGCCAAACAAAUGCAUGGAAUGUGGAAAGAGUUUUUCUACAAAGAGUUAUCUUAACACCCAUAAAAAGAUCCACACAGGGGAGAAGCCUUAUAAAUGCAUGGAGUGUGGUAAGGCUUUUAUUACAAAGAGUUGUCUUAAAAGCCAUACAAGGAUCCAUACUGGGGAGAAGCCAUAUAAAUGCAUGGAGUGCGGAAAGAGCUUUAUUAAGAACUGCCAACUUAUUUACCAUAGUAGGAUACAUACUGGAGAGAAGCCUUUUAAAUGCAUGGAAUGGGAAAGUUUUUCUAUGAACAGUUACCUUAAUAUCCAUAAAAGGAUCCACACAGGGGAGAAGCCUUAUAAAUGUAUGGUGUGUGCGAAAGAUUUUAUUAGAAAACGUUAUCUUAAUUCUCAUAAAAGGACCCACACUGUGUAGAAGCCCUAUAAGUCUGUGAAAUAUGGGAAAACUUCAAGAGGACCAAUGACUGAAUGUUCCAUAUACAGAUAAUUUGGGUGAGAAUCUGUUUAACUGUUAGGUUUAGUCGUUAAAAUAUAUGAAUUUCCUUAUUACAUUUAUUGAAUUAGGAAAGAAGUUUUUUGAUUCUGAACUUCACAACUGGAAGCCCCAGAGGGAUUAAUUUACUACUGGAAACCAAACGCUAGGCAUGAGUGGAUUUUUGAAGGCAGGACAAGAAGCAAUGGAUGGAAACUAAUCAAAGAAUCAACCUAGAACUAAGGAGAAAUGUCCUGACAUUUAGAAAAAUUAAUCAGUGGAAAAACCUGCCUCCAGAAGUUGUGGAUGCUCCAACACUGGAAGUUUUUAAGAAGAGACUGGACAGCCAUUUGUCUGAAAUGGUAUAGGGCUGUGGUGGUGAACCUAUGCCACGCAUGCCACAGGGGACACGUGAAGCCGUCCCUAUGGGCACACGUGCCAUCGCCCCAGGCAGGCGGGGCCAGGCUUCUCCCCUCCGCCUCUCCACGUGCGCUGCGCUCUCGCUCUUUCUGCAUUGUGAGUCGGAGCAGCUGCAAGAGGCGGGAGGCAAGGAUGCCGCUAGGGCUGAGGCCGUGAGGGGCCAGGUAGGACGGCCAUGGGGCAGCCGGCGCUGGAGUUCAGCGUCUGCUACCUGGACAGCCUGGGCUUCCAUGAGUGCCUCCGGUUCUCCGAGCAGGAGCUGGAGCGCACCAACAAAUUCCUGAAGGACAUGGGCAAGGAUGGCAACACGCUCAUUGGGGCCAUCAAAAGUAAGCGGUGUUCUCACUGCGAGGAGCCCCCCCAUCCACUCAGGUUGUGGACCCCCGCGUGGCGGCAGGGCGAUCCAUGCAGCGGGUGGGGGGAAAGCUGCCCCACUUCCAUGGCCGUUUUCGGCCGAGCUGCAUUGCAGCAGCAUUGGGCACAAUAUGCAAGGCGGCAAAAAGCUGCUUCAUGCCAAAACUGGCCGUUUGCCGCCUCCUGCCCAGUGCUGCUGCCAUGAGGCCGCAGAACAAGCUGAGGGGAAGUAAGGAACCUGGUUGGGCUCUGAAAGGGUUGAGUCAGGGCGAUGGGAGAAUGGCGCUCUGCAAGGGUUGGAUCGAACGCUCGUGGGGCUGCUGCCUCGUUUUUCGUGCCUGCCGGGGCUAGGCUUGACUGGGUGCAGAGCCUCCUUGCCACUUCUUCCCCCGUGGUCAUUGGGAGUGCCUACACCACCUACCACUCGUCCCAGGGCACCUGCCGCCGUCCCGUGCUCUCCAGCCCAUCGCUGACCAGCUGGGUGUGCCAAGCUUGGGCCUCGGGCAGAUGGAGGCUGUAGGGGAGUGAGAGCCAUAGCUGCCCAGCUCCUCCACCUGAGGAUGCGUGUGGGGAGAGGCGCCACCCGGCUCGGUAAGCCACAGUCCACCGGCAGAAGGAGCAGGAGGAUGCAAGAGGAGGGCUGGCCGGGGACAGGCGCAGGGCUGCCCACAGGGGGAAUCUGACCAGCCCUAGUCUGGAGGGGGGGAGAGGCCAAGGGAGCCCAAAGAGAGGCAUCCCGGCACGCCCGGCUGGUCAGCGAUGGGCUGGAGAGCACGGGACAGCGGCAGCUGCCUCGGGACGAGUGGUAGGUAGGGUGGGCACUCCUGAUGUCCGUGGGGGAAGCCACGAGGAGGCUCCGCACCCAAUCCAGCCCACUGCCGGUGUCAUGGUUCCGACUAAUGAAACACUCUAGAUACAAUAUUUGCAGUGUUGACAGCCAGUAUGGCACAGAAAGCGAGGCAGGAACCGCACAUGCGCCCCCAUGUGCAAGUACGCCCCCACCCUGCCAGGCAAGUGGAGCCGCGGCAUCUGCAGCAGAAGAGCACAAGCGGGCAGCGGAAGGGACAAGGAGCCCCGAUCACAGCGUAGCCUCUCCGCACUCUCCUCCCCCCCCCUUUGGAAGAGCUGUGGGGCUCAGGAGCCUUCCCCCAUGCCCACACCCCCCAAGAGAAGAAAAUCAUCACGAGACAAUUUUCUGUUUUAACUUUUUUUCCUUGUUGCUUUUUGGAGUUUUCAUCCUGCUUUUGUGAGAUGGUGGUGUUUGAGAGGUGGUAUAGCUGCCCCCUUUCCCACCAAGCCAUCAGCUGAGCAAGACGCCCUCCUGCCCACUGUGCCACCUAUCAAAGACACCCCUGGAUCUCCCCCAACCUUGCCCGGCCCCCACAGGCAUCCCUCCCCAGGAGCAACAUUGAGCUGGCCAUGCCCACCCUGGCCCCGCCCACCACCUUAGUCACCUGCCAUAGUCACCUGCCAUAAUCACCUUAGUCACACCCAACUUGGUCACACCUACCCAGCGGGCCACGCCCACCUGGCAAUACAUAAGUGGGUUUUGGAUUGCAGUUUGGGCACUCGGUCUCUAAUAGGUUCGUCACCAUUAGUAUAGGGUUUCCUGCCUGAGCAGGGGGUUGGACUAGAUGCCCUCCAAGGUCCCUUCCAACUUUAUUAUUAUUAUCUGUUAUUGCCAUUUCACAUAAAUAAGAGACCAUCUUUUUUCCCUCAUGUUUAUCCCAUUUUUAAAAAGUUAUAUUUAAUAUAUAAAAUACAAA